UCACGCUAGUUAAUUAGUCUCGCUAGGAGUAAAAGAAGUAAUAGUGGAGUGGACUUUGACUUUCUGUGGAUAGUGAUAUAGUUUUCUGUCUUUUUUUGUUUUAGAAGGAUGUAUAGCGAUUCAUUAACAUUAUUAAUUUAAUGCAUCCUAUUUGCAAAAUGGCAACAUUUGGAUAAUACUUAAUAAAAAAAAAAAAAAAAAAAAAAAACGAGGGCGUGUACCAGAAAUCGUUUUCCAUUUUACAUCACCAGCAAAGAAGAACAUUAAUUGUUUUUUCUUUGUCCAAUGGCUGUGGUAAAUAACUUUGUCUUGUGAGAUUUGUGAGUUUUGUUGGAAGGUUGACGUCAUACUUAAGCGCACUACCAUUCCUGCUCGGUGACAUUAUUUAAUGAAAACAAAAAUGAUCGAUCGCUGUUGCCUUGAAUUAUAAUUACAGAAAGAAACAGAACUGCAUGUAUAAAUAGUCACAAUUUUUUGCUGUUAAGCUUAUCAUGUUAAACUUUUUUGCAAAAGAUCUACACACCACAGCCGGACGCUAGCUUUUCGGACUGGUACAUUACUUGAAUUUCAAGCACUGCAACAAUUCAGAGAAUACCUUGGGAUGCGUGCGGUUUGUUUACUACUGCUAUUGCUACUAUUAGUCUAUUAAAGCAGAACAAUAAAAUGUGUUCACCUUCAAAUGGGUUUAUGAAAGACCUGUAUAUUUUGUCAGUGGAUGUGGGUACCACGAGCAUCAGAGGUCACGUCUACGAUAAAGAAGCAAAUAUUAAAGGCUCGAGCAGUGAAAAGAUUAGUCUUCUGUACCCAAACCCUGGCUGGGUAGAGCUGGAUCCGGAGGAGCUAUGGCUGCAGUUUGUUGCUGUGGUGAAGGCAGCUGUGCAAGCUGCAGGUCUACAGAUGAAACAAAUCACAGCCCUAGGCAUUUCAACACAGAGAGCAACUUUCACUACAUGGAGCAGGAAAACAGGAAAACCAUUUCACAACUUCAUCAGCUGGCAGGACCGUCGAGCUUCUGAGCUUGUCACAUCAUGGAACAAUUCCUUCACAAUGAAGGCACUCCACGGUUCAUCUAAAGUUUUGCACUUCAUUACCAGGAGAAAACGGUUCCUGGCUGCAAGUGUCAUCACAUUUUCUACACAACAUGUCACUUUCCGCUUGGCCUGGGCAUUGCAGAAUUUAAAACAGGUCCAAGAAGCCGUUGAGGAAGGAAACUGCUGCUUUGGAACAGUUGACACUUGGCUGCUAUACAGACUCACUAAAGGUGCGGUUCAUGCUACAGAUUAUUCAAAUGCGAGUGCCACAGGGAUUUUUGAUUCUUACCAGAUGUGUUGGAGUGGAAUGCUGUGCUCUCUCAUUUCCUUGCCUUUGUCAGUAUUCCCUACUGUGGAGAACACUAGUCACAAAUUUGGCUCAACUGAUACCAGCAUCUUUGGUGUGUCUAUACCAAUAAUGUCCUUGGUUGCAGAUCAGCAGGCCGCUAUGUUUGGAGAAUGCUGCUUUGACAGGGGAGAUGUGAAAAUCACCAUGGGAACAGGCACUUUCAUUAACAUCAAUACUGGAAACAAACCUCAUGCCUCUGUAUCAGGGUUGUAUCCAGUAGUUGGCUGGAAAAUUGGCCAAGAAGUUGUGUAUUUAGCUGAGGGCAAUGCAGCUGACACAGGCACUGCCAUUAAAUGGGCACAAGAACUGGAUCUCUUCUCGGAUGCUGCAGAGACAGAAGCCAUGGCUAACAGCGUGCCAGAUGCUGAUGGAGUCUGCUUUGUGCCAUCUUUCAGUGGCUUGCAGGCACCCCUGAAUGACCCCCAUGCAUGUGCUUCUUUCAUGGGCUUGAAACCUUCGACAACCAAAAGCCAUCUAGUACGAGCCAUCCUGGAAUCCAUAGCUUUCAGGAAUAAGCAGCUCUACGAAAUUAUGAGUGAAGAGACACACAUUCCGGUCACAAAUAUAAGGGCUGAUGGAGGCGUGUGCAACAACAACUUUGUCAUGCAGCUCACAGCCAACCUUUUCAACAGGAAGAUCAAUAGGCCGAGACAUUUUGAUAUGUCAAGCCUUGGGGCUGCUUUCAUUGCGGGCCUGGGGAUUGGGUUCUGGAGUAGCAAGGAAGAACUGACUUGCCUGGGAUGCACAGAGAAGGUUUUCUACCCUCAAAAUUUGCGGGAAAACUACAAACCUGUCAUUGACCGCUGGGAAAAGGCUUUGAUGCGCUCAAUGCACUGGUAUAGCAAACCGUAACUUACUUAUUGUAAUGUAACAGAAUGUGAGUAGGUGAGUCUGCUAACGCAUUCUGCAGAUUCAAUUAUACAGGCUUUUAAUAAUAAUAAUAAUAAUAAUAAUAAUAAUAAUAAAAUAUUAUAUAUUUCAACUGUGCAAUUCUUUAUCUUAAGAAAACAUUAAGACAUUGCAUUUCUAAAAGAUCAAAAGCAAACUGGAUAUUUUAUACAAAAUGCAUUUUUUAAAGUAGUUUGCCUUAAAACUAAAUACUGGUCAGGUCCAAAAGAACAAAAAUUGUAGGCAGUCUACAAGCCACACUGUUGCUAGAGUGCAAUAAUUUAAAUUCAUGUUCUUUCAUGAAACUUGGGAGGCUUGGGUCUAAUUAAUGUGAAGUGGUGCAUUCCUAUUUAGGUAAAUCUUUACAAGUUAAACACUUUAAGGUCAAGUAUUGAGUAAACCUAUAAAAUAACUUAACAAGUUAUUAAUAUAUCCACAAUAUCCAUAAAAGGCAGCCUGUGAUAAUGAUCCUGUAUUUAACAGAAAAGUAUAAUAGCUGUUUUAUUGCAAUUUUCUUAAGUAUGUAAGUUGUAGGAACAAUUGAUUUAGUGUAUUAAUUGAUAUGUUGUAUAAGUUGGUUAGUUCCCUUAUUAUUUAAGUUUGGAAAGAUUAAGGAGUUACUAUGAACACUCACACCAGACAUGAGGAAAUUAACAGCAGCAGUUUGUUGAAUACAGAAAUAUUAAACAGAAAUCUCAAAAGUCAGCAAUAAUAAUUAAGUGUGUGCUGUGCAUCAGAGAUAACUACUAGCGCCACACUUUCAACAUAGCUUAACUCAAUAUACUUGUCUACAAAUAGUAGGUUUACUUUAAAAACUCUUUGCAUGCAGACAUUCAGUCUUAACAAGGUUCAUUAAAAGUUUACUUUUCACAAACUAUGUAACUCUAAUUAGUGAUGCAAUUAGAUUUCAAUGUAACAAUAUGUAAUGUAAUUAGGUUUUAUGUGGAUAAUGUAGCAUAGUUUAUAUUCAAGAGUCCUGGGCAAAUCUGGCUCGGUAGCCAUCUGGUUGUGGAAGUUGAUUAGUUGAAUCGUCCUAUGAUGUUCAUUCCACAAGGAUUCUUCAGUCCCCAAUGAGAUCAACAACACAGGCCUUAUGCAUUGUCCUCUUUUUAAAUUCUUCAACCACAAAUGUGGCCGAACAGUGUUUUGUACCUUUUGUAGUCUAAUAGACUAAACGUGUUUGUCUGAACAGUCCCUGCUGAUACUAGCAGGGUAUCUCUCUCGCCCUAGCACGUGGCCUGUUGGCUUCACUCCCCCAAGGUCCUUAGUCUUUCAGGCUGUGUCCACGUCUACAGCUACUUUUUUAGCUGUUUUUAUAUAAGGUAUAUAAUUCUGGUCAUAAGAUCCUUUUAGCUUUUUUUAAUAUUAACAACUUUUCCCAGAUCUAAUUUGCUUGUGUGAAAUGUCCUUAUCUGUGUUUCCUAAAAGGUGCAGUAAUAACUUGUUAGCUGUUAGCACAGUUUCCGUUGCAGCUGCCAGGUGCUUCCAGAUCACUCUAUGGCACUUCCUGAGAGUCUCUCUUUGCUUGUAGCAUACAAACCUUUAAUAGUAACAGUAUAGUCAAUGUUUAUUUGAAUAUCUUAUAUUUCAUGCAAUUAAUUAAUCCAGGUUGCUUAUGAUUGAUCAGUUUACAGGGAAUAUCACCUACAAAGUGUAACCCAGACAGGUAUGGUAAAGCAUAUUUAAAAAAUAAAUAAAAAAAACCUGAUAAACUAUAGUAAAUGCAUAGUAUAACCAU